AUGGGUGACAAACCUAUUAUAGUAGUUGAUGGCAUAAAUGAGGAGCUUGGAGCAAAACUAGCGGCAAAGGGCUUUGACAAGGUAAUUGUUUUAAUGCUUUAUGCCACAGCACUUUUUAUUUAUUAACCCACAUAAUUCAUGAUUUACCUAAAUCAUAUUCACAUAAAGAAAUGUCUUUGAAACCUGGUAUUUCUGACAUUUGUGUUGCAAUAGUUCGCAAAGCCUGACCACCAUUGGGCAAAUUUUGUAUUAUACAAGAUACCAUUGCUUUUAUAGACCAGGUCUGUCAAUGUGUCCAUUUUUGCUAAUUCAACACACUUCAAAAACAAAUCCUUCACAGAUGGAACAUAACGAGGUGGUUUUAUUUCCAUCUUCUAGCCCGUUCCACUCUGGCUGUGACUAUUAGGACUUUUGUUAAGGACUUCUGUUGUGCAGACACAUCAACCUCAAUCCAGUGAAAUGCUGCCCCAAAAGACCUCCGUUGAAGCCCUGCCCUGCCCCCAGUGCUAGAUCAUUCCUGACCAGUUUCAAAGCGGACAUUAUGACAGAUAGAGUCUAGAAGGCAGGGAGUCUUGUGUCUUAUUCUUGCCAGUGGUCACACAAGAUGGGAGAUGGAACUGCAUGGCCACUUUCCAUACAUUGCCAACUUGACUUCCUUGCCAGAUGGAAAACUUUAUAUUUGUAACCUCUGGCCAAGCAGUUAAGAGAUCCCAGGUUUUCUGCAUCCAUGGAGCAUGGCGGCGUUUAUCUCCCCAGAUGCCAGAUGCCAAAACCAGCUGGAGCCCAGGCGUUCCAAACGGGGCUUAGGGAAGCACACAGGAAGACAGAGUAUGCACAAGUGUGCUAGCCCUGUCUCUCAUCCCAGUCACCUUCUGCAUGUUCCAGGGUGAUUGUCUCCAAGGGAAAGGACUCCAGAGCUUGUAGAGGUUUCCAUGUUUUGAAGCCCUGGUUUUCCAGGAUUUCAAAAUGCCCAGAGGCCUCUGUGAGUACAGGAGUUUUCCCGCUACACACAGCCACCUUUGAACCCAUGGAGGGCGAUGAGGAUCGAGGACAGUGCUAGUUCCUCUGUCUCUCUUCCUUGCGUGUUUACUUAAGCCCUGUUCAGAACAUCUGAAUUGGACUUGGCUCUCAGUUUGAUGACAGUGUUUAAACUGCAAUCAUGCACUGCCUCCUCUGUGAACCCAGCCUAGCUUUUGGGCUAAAACUAGUUUGGCCCUUAACAUUUCCCUCAAAAUUAUCCACUGUGGGUGCUGAUAUUGAAUAUCUGACAAAUGUUUCAUCCACAUUUGGCUGAACUGAACAUACUAGGAAGCCCAUCGUUAAACUUUGUAAUGAUUUCAUUAUUCAGCUAACCAUUCUGAAAAGCUGAAUAGGUAAUAAACUGACCCCGCCCACCCCCGUCAGAAGGGGGGUGGGUUCAACAAAAAAAUCAAGUGUUGAAAAUUGAAUGUUUUGGGCUCAAAUUUCAAUCUCAAAUUCCAAAUGACAAAAUUCACAGAUUUGCCACAUUUCCCCUCUGUUUAUUUCAACAUUCAUUUCAGGCCUGCUUUUCUUGCUACUGGGGGAAAAUGCUAAUUGUGCUUCCUGAUUUUCCUUCCAGGCGUACAUCCUCCUGGGCCAGUUCCUCCUCUUGAAGAAGGAAUGUGCUACUUUUCAAAAGUGGCUGAAGUUGUCCUAUGGAGCCAGCAGCUACCAGGCUGAGCGCUGUGCCCUUUGUCUCUUGGAGUGGUGCCUCACGUUCCUGUAGGAUCACAGGGAUCCUCCACACCCCAAACACACACACACACACCUCAAAACAACAACCUCUUCCCCCUCACAGACCUGAAACCAAUGAUUUCUUGCAGUCGUGAUGUUAUUAAACCAAUGAAGCAUUUAUCUAUCCAGCUGGGACUUUAUUUAUUUUAAACCAUUUACAUACAACUUUUUAUUUAAAAAAAAAAAUAUUACAAUGGUUAACAAAUCUAAAACUCAAUAAAAUGCUUAAAAAUGGGACAUUCCCCCCAAGAGAUGCAAGAACACAGCAAAGGAGCCACAAGAAUUGAGCACAGUAGUAGUUUUUGGAGACUUUAAAAAGGAAUCCUGCAUGCAGUUUUGGCUAAUAUACACAUUUUUUUCAGGCUGCUUCCCUAAUACUAUGCAUUUUGGUAUGUUUUCACAAAUAAAAGCACACUUUAUUCCAACAUAUGCAUUACUUGACUGGGGAAAUGCAUCACAUAAUUUGGAGAAGUGCAAAAUUUUGCAGGAUGGCUAUGUUUUGGUUUACCUGUUGUUUCAGAAAAUGCAAAUUUGUUAAGUUCACCUUUAAAUGUGAAUUGAAUUGAAUUUCUCCCCCUCCCUACUCGGCACAAACUGGUAUGAAUAGGUUUCACCUUUCUGUGUAAAAUUAGCAGGGAGAAGUUGGGAAUUCUCCCUUUUAAGAGAAUUCAUUUACAAAUGAACUUUUAUGUUUAUAUAUUUAAAAGUUUAACAAACCAUGAACAUUAAACUUACAUUAAACCACAAAACACUGAAAAGUUCCUUCCUCCUUUGCUUCUGCAAGAGGAAUGGCCCCAUGCAUGGAUUCAGAUAAGUGCCAAUGAACUGAAGCUCAAUCCGCACAACAACUGUCAAGGCUGCACUCUCUGAAAUAGCAGGUACGUAGCGUGAGGAUCCUUCUGGAUCCACUGGUGUUGCUUGAGGCUCAGGUAGCCUCAGUAGCAGGGGGUAUCCUUCCAUCGUCUCCGGCUGGUGGCCUAGCUGUGCCCCUAUCUCAGGGGCCUGCAACCUUUAAGACAAAAAGAGCCACUUGGACCCGUUUCCGAAGAAAAAAAAACUGGGAGCCGCAAAACUCGUCAUUAUAAAAAUAAAUUUUUUCUCACUUUUAUUAUUAUUUCUUUGUUUGACCCCUCAGAAUUACUCCUCAGAAUUACUCCUAAAUUACUCCUAAACGUUAAAUUAACAAGUUACCUUUUUGUGUGUGUGUGUUCUUCACUCCCCUUCAAAACAGUGACCAGCGUACAUGCCCCUUACAAUGUAGCAGGCGGGCGGGUGGGAAGUUGACAUCGGGACGGUGCGUGACUAACGCACGCACUGCCCCCAUGUGACGUCACAGCCAGUACAGCACCCGCCACAGUGGGGAGUGUCGGGGCGCACAAUGCGCCUCCUCCCCUCGCUAGUAUCCGCCCCGGAGCCGCGGCAAAGGUGUAAAAGAGCCACAUGCGGCUCCAGAGCCGUGGGUUGCAGACCCCUGCCCUAUCUGAUCAGGGACAGCAUACAGUGGUGCCCCGCAAGACGAAAAACUCACAAGACGAAAAACUCGCUAGACGAAAGGGUUUUGCGUUUUUUGAGUCGUUCCGCAAGACGAAUUUCCCUAUGGGCUUGCUUCGCAAGACGAAACGUCUUGCGAGUUCUUGCGAGUUUGUUUCCUUUUUUCUUAAAGCCGCUAAGCCGUUAAUAGCCGCUAAGCCGCUAAUAGCCAUGCUUCGCAAGACGAAAAAACCGCAAGACGAAGAGACUCGCGGAACGGAUUAAUUUCGUCUUGCGAGGCACCAGUGUAACUUCUUUUGACUACGCUCUGGUAGCCUCUUGGUGAGACUGCUGCCUUUGAGAUGGUUCAGAAACAGCGGAGGUGCCAGGGUUUCCCAAACUUGGGACUCCAGCUGUUGGGGGACUACAAUUCCCAUCAUCCCCGACCACUGGUCCUGCUACCUAGGGAUGAUGGGAGCUUAAGUCCGGAAACUGCUGGAGAUCCAAGCUUGGGAAACCCAGGUGUAGACUGUAGCAGCCAGUUCUGGCUGGGUAAGACAGUUUGAGUCUAUCAUGCCAACCUUGGCCUGACUGCACUGGUUACCCGUUAGCUUCCUGUCACAGCGCCACAACUAGACCUGAAAAGCUUUCACCUCCUGGGAAGCUUUUUCCAGCCUCAUGGCAGGUUUAUCGCUCUACUAAGGCGCUGGGGAUGGGAGGGUUUGCUGGCUUACUCCACUUAGGCAUUAGGUACCAAUACUGUAUGUUGGGGGCCCCUUGCCGACAAAGGUCUGUAUAGUUAAAGCCAUGGUUUUCCCAGUAGUGAUGUAUGGAAGUGAGAGCUGGACCACAAAGAAGGCUGAUCGCCGAAGAAUUGAUGCUUUUGAAUUCUGGUGCUGGAGGAGACUCUUGAGAGUCCCAUGGGCUGCAAGAAGAUCAAACCUAUCCAUUCUGAAGGAAAUCAGCCCUGAGUGCUCACUGGAAGGACAGAUCGUGAAGCUGAGGCUCCAAUACUUUGGCCGCUCAUGAGAAGAGAAGACUCCCUGGAAAAGACCCUGAUGUUGGGAAAGAUUGAGGGCACAAGAAGAAGGGGACGACAGAGGACAAGAUGGUUGGAUAUUGUUCUUGAAGCUACCAGCAUGAGUUUGACCAAACUGCGGGAGGCAGUGGAAGACUGUCAUAGCUGUCAACGUUUCCCUUUUUUUGCGAGGAAUCCUAUUCGGAAUAAGGGAAUUUCCCUUAAAAAAAGGGAAAUGUUGACAGCUAUGACAGGAGUGCCUGGCAUGCUCUGGUCCAUGGGGUCAGGAAGAGUCGGACACGACUAAACAACUAAACAACAACAACAACAACAAAUGUUGGGGGCCCUGGGCAUUUCCCCCCCAGCACGUACUAAAGAAUCCUGAGAACAAUCGAAAGCCUGUGCCUCCCCCGCAAAUCUGUUUUCAAUCCCCACGUGCAACUGGGGAAACGUGCCUCGCUGUGUGAACGCGCAAGAGCAACACGCGUGCUGGGACCAAGGGGUCUGUGAAGACCACCGUGGGCGCCGGCUUCUCGGGACCGGGAGAAGAGAGCGUCGGGGCCGCCGGCUCCCUCGGCUGCCUGCCUGCCUGCGCCCAGGCCCCUUCGGAGGUCGGCGGAGGCGGCGAAGGGCCCGGGUCCGUCCCGCCCCUUUCCUUCUCGGUCCCGGGCAGCCGCCUCCUUCGCGCUGGGCCUCGUCCGCCUGGCAGCGGCUGCCCUCCCCUCGGGCGGACUUCCGAGCCGCGGGUCUCCCCACUGGGCCGGAGCGCCUUUGACUGGCGGGCCGGACACCAACCGCAGCCCGGGAACCUCCUUCGGCGCCGGCGACGGGGCGGGGAUCCUCGCGGCGGCGGCCGCGCUGGGGAGGUUCUCCGAGGAAAGUGCCACGACUUCAGCGCGCCCGCGGCAGGAGGGCCACGCGAAGGGAGCGCGGGAGAGCCAGCCGAGCGAGGUGAGCGCGGGGAGCGCGCUCCGUCCGCGGGCGACGCGGAGAGACAGCCGCCGUCUCGGCGGGCGGAGCGCCGGCUCGGGCAGCGCGGAGCGGCGCCUGGACUCCCGCUUCGGGCGCCCGUCGGAUGGUGCGAGCAGGCGGCCGGCGAUCCGAGUUGCGGCUGAGGAAGGGGCCCCUCCUCCGGGACUCUCCGGCCAGCGGGAAAGCGGCCGGCUGCGGCAGCUCGGGCGGUGGAAGGCCCGGCUGAGAGCCCCCCGACGGCUGCGGAGAGGCAGCUGCAGGCGCUGCGGAGAGGGCAGCAGCGGGAGGAGCCCCGCUCGGCCCCUCCAGGGAUGCAGCGCAAGAACGGGAAACCUCGCGGGGCGGGUGGCUCCGCGGGGAUGCUUCCGACGGCGCCGAGAGCGGAGCGCGAGAGGGGGAAGGCGGCUGGAGCGCCCGAGUGGGGCGUCGAGCAGGAGGCUCGGCGUGGACGGGGAAGAGCGUGGUCGGCUGCAAGGAAGGAGCGGGCGAAGCGGCGCCCUCGCUGCAACCGAGUCUCUCCGGACUCGGCUGCGAGGGCCGCCCCGACAGGCGCGGGGCUCUCUUUCGCCCUCGGCCCGGCGGCCGGACCCUGGACCCCGGGCCGCCCCCCGACGGGCCCGAGUGGCGACGUGUCUUGCUCUCCGGCGGGGAGGAGGAGCCUGGCGCCGAGUCCUGCGGGCUCCUCCCGCUGCUGCCCUCUCCGCAGCGCCUGCAGCUGCCUCUCCGCAGCCGUCGGGGGGCUCCCAGCCGGGCCUUCCACCGCCCGAGCUGCCGCAGCCGGCCGCUUUCCCGCUGGCCGGAGAGUCCCGGACUGGUGAUCGCCCCUUCAGCCCCAACUUCGAGGGCUCUGGCGCUUCUCCUCCGCAGCGCAGGAGGGAGAUCGCCGCCCGCUUGGUCGUCGGGGAUAACUGCGUCUGUGGGGAAGGAGACCCCUUGCAGUCCUGGAACAGGCUCCUCUACUUCACCAAAGCUGCUCUUGUGACCCACUGGUUGUUGGUUUUUGCGCACGCCAUGCUGGCUCGUGUCCCUAGGUCAGAGGGCAGCGGCCUCGACGCCACGGCUGCAGAUUUUUCUGUAGCCGCUCCCCUCCUGCUCCUCGCUGUCACCUCUCCACCACCUGGCCUGGACUCUCUGCUUGCUUGCACUGUUGCAAGUCUUUGGCUGAAACGAACUGCCUCCCCCCCCCCCACUUUUGCAGGGGAGCGCAGUGGCUGUUUCAGUGUGGCAGCAAUGUUGCAGUGUUGCUGGCUGCUACUCUCGUGGGGUUGCACAGAAUCCUAUUUGUGGAAAUGACUCCCUUUGGAGGUGGUGGACUCUUCUUCCUUGGAUGUUUUUAAGCAGAAGUUGGGUGACCAUCUGUCAGGGAUGCUUUAGCUGGGAUUCCUGCAUUGCAGGGGGUUGGACUAGAUGACCCCAGGGGUCCCUCCUAACUUUCAGAUUCUACUAUACUUCUAUUAAAGCUGUUAAAUGCUUUGUUGGCCUCUUCAGGGACAAACUAACUUCCAUAUUGUGUUGUUAAUGAAAUGACUCUUGCUGAAUGUUUAUUUAAAUUCCAGAGAAAGAGAGAGUUCCUUUAACCCCUGCUGGAGAAGCUAUUUAUCUUGCCUGUGCUUCUGCAAAAUUUGAUCCAUGCUAUAACUGUUGCCCGAUAUGUGUCCCGCUCCUGCCACCAGUUGCUCUGCACUAACUGUGGUUUCCAGACAAAGCGCAAGGGAAGCUCCCACGUUGAAAGCAUUUCAGUUAUGCCUGAACUAUUGUGGUCAAGCUAUCCUGGCCCAGUAAUGGCCAGCGCUGUUCUAUCAGCUGAAACUGAUUUUAAAAUGCUCCUAACGACCAAAGCCACCCGGGUCUCCAGUAACAAAAUUGAAUCUAUAAGCAGCCCUAUACUUUGUACCUGCACCUUCAGAGGGAACACAAUCCUGUCCAGAUCAUGCAAUUCGGCAUUUAUCGAAUGUGAUUGCUGGUUUAAUUCUAAUUAUUCUUUCAGUAGGAGCGCCUUGUUGCCAUUGUUCAAAACUUCUAGUUAUACAGUUGUACCUUGGUUUUCGAACAGCUUAGUUCUUGAACAUUUUGGCUCCUGAAUAGUUCCAGUUUGCGAACUAUUUUUGGAAGCCAAACGUCCGAUGGGGCUUCCAUGGCUUCUGAUUGGCUACAGAAGCUUCUUGCAGCUAAUCAGAAGCCUCGCUUUGAUUUCCAAAUGUUUUGGAAGUCGAACAGACUUUCGGAACGGAUUCUGUUUGACUUCCAAGGUACGACUGUAUAGUGUGGAACGCCACAAGCUAGUCUUGAGUAGAAUUCUACUCUGAGUACACUCUGCCUAGGUCGCUUCUGAGAAUGCCUCUAGGUCAGCUGUGCAAACUGGCCAUUCUGCUAUGUAAACAUGCAUCUGCAAACAUCCUUCUAGCUCAGCAUUAACUUUCUGUUUUGCAGGUUUAA